UAUUGGGUUGAAUCUCCAGCCCUGGUUCUCUUGGAUGCCUUGUCCUGCUCAGCACCAGCUCCGGGACUGUAGCCAAGGUGGUGUGUCUUGUCUACCCCGAGCAUCUGCUGCGUGGCAGGAUGGUGCACCAAGUCCUUCUGGCUGCCUUGUUCUGCCAAUGCCUGUGAACAACACUGUCAGGCCAGCAGGGACUGUCCUUGGGGUGGCAGAGGGCAGCUGUGGCUGCCCAGCCUGGGCACUGUGGCUUGGCAGCACUGAUAGUGGGCGCUGCCCUCAGCUGCUGCUGCCAGGUGUCUGUUCUGUCCUUGAGAGAACUUCUUGGAAGCUGCACCUCAGUUUAUCUGUGAAUUGGCGGCAGAGACAAAGGCUGGAUGAUCCUGUGGUAGUUCAAUGCUGGGGUUUAAUUGACAGAGCUGUUCUGAGGUACAAACUAAGAGCUGGUUGUUCACAGUGCUUUGGGGCCUGAUUCUCAUCCUGAACUACAUCUCCAUGCCUGCCAAAGUUUUUCUACUGCUACCCACAAGGAUGUGUUUUCAUCAAAGGCUUCCAUGAGGAGGACUGAAAAAGAAUAAAUAAAAAGUAACUCCAAGCUUGGAAUGGUGUUGCCAGGGAGAAUGUUUACAGGGAAGCAGCCUGAUAAACAAGGAAAAUGGGCAGCCUCAGGAAGCCAGGCUGGACUGAAAAAGGAACGGAAUUAUGUGGAACUUGUCUGAGUCACUGACCCUACAUCUCCACAAGAUCUUUCAGGGCACUGCCGUGAAGGAGGACAGAAGAGGCUGCAGCUGAGAGGAGAUCUGCCCUUUCUGGUCACCAAGGGUUUCAGAUCUCCUCCCCUAGCCUCUCCCAGUCUUUUGUACUUUGUGUGUUAAUCCAUCCAGUGCAGCAUACACGAACAGAGGCAGGAGCUGGAAAGCCUGCUCUGAAAGCCUCUGAAUGCUGCUGGACCCGUUGCAGGCAUGAACCUGAAAACCGUGCUCAUCCUCCUUGGUCUGGCGUUAGCCACAAUAUUUGCUUUGGUCUGCGUGUUGCUGACCAGAGAAAGGACCCCCAGAACCUGCCAGCACCUGCCCCUGGAGCAGGAGGACAUCGAGGAUGGCCAGAGCCUGGUCUUUGCUGACCUGACAGCCGAGGAGAUGUCACAAGUGGUGCGGUACCUGCAGGGACACCUCGGGGUGCCGCUGGUUGACGCCUCCCGUGCCAAACCCUCGGACAACUGCAUCGCCUCCGUGGAUCUGCAGGUCCCCGCCAAGGCAGAGGUGCUGCGGUUCCUGGACGCCGGGGGGGCUCGUCCCCCGCGAGAGGCACUGGCUGUGCUGUACUUUGGGAACCAGCCAGAGCCCAACAUCACCGAGUACGUGGUGGGGCCGCUGCCGACGCCAGCGUACCACCGAGACGUGACGGUGCACAAGUACGGGGGCAAGGUGCCGUACCACCGCAGACCCACGCUGGCUGUUGAAUACAAGCAGCUGGGAGGGUUUCUAAAAAAACAAGUGUUCGCCUCAGCUCCAGCUUUCAUGCAACAAGUAAUGGAGUAUGAUGGAGCCAAUCUUGCACCCGUGACAGCUGCUCCCCGUGGAUUCCAGUCUGGAGAUCGGGUCACCUGGUUUGUGCUGUUCCAGAACGUGAGUGGGUUCUUUGUGCACCCGGUGGGGCUGGAGGUGCUGGUGGACCACAGCAGCCUGGACAUCUCGCAGUGGGCGGUGAGCAGGGUCUUCUACAAUGGGCAGUACUACAGGGACAUGGUUCAGCUGGAGAGUGCCUACGUGCAGGGUCGGAUCAGCGUGGAGAAGGUGAGGAAGGCGCCGUGGGAUGGGGACUUCUCGUCCAUGAAGCCCCGAGCUCGUGCGGCUGCGCUGUUCCCAGUGCAGUUUGAGCCACAGGGUCCCCGCUACAGCGUCAGGAACAACCACGUGCUCUUCCAGGGCUGGAGCUUUGCCUUUGGGAUGAGCGUGAGCACGGGCCUGCGGCUGUUUGACAUCCGACACAAGGGGGAGAGGGUUGCCUAUGAGAUCAGUGUCCAGGAGGCGCUGUCGGUGUACGGCUCCAACUGCCCGGCAGGGAUGUCCACGCGCUACAUGGACGGCAGCUUUGGCCUGGGGCGUUACACCUCCCCCUUGGUGCGAGGGGUCGACUGCCCCUACCUGGCCACCUACGUGGACACACGCUCUCUGUCUGACAGCCUGAGGCCCAAGAAGAGGAGGGCUUCGCUCUGCAUCUUUGAGCAGAACAUGGGCUCCCCUCUGCGGCGCCACUACUCCAACUUGCAGUCGCUCUACUAUGGGGGGCUGGUGAACUCCGCUCUGGUCAUUCGGUCCAUUGCCACCGUGGGCAACUAUGACUAUGUGUGGGACUUCAUCUUCUACCAGAACGGGGCCAUUGAGGGCAAGGUGCAGGCCACGGGGUACCCAAGCUCAUCCUUUCUUCACGGGGAUGGCCUGAGAUAUGGCAAUAGGCUUUGGGAGCACACCCUGGGUACGAUACACACCCAUUUUGUCAACUAUAAGGUGGACUUGGAUGUCGGAGGUAGGUCUGGCUCCUGGCUCUUUUAAUGCCUGCUAUUGUUUGAUAAACCCUAGAGCUUCUAGGUUUGCGUCCUUG